AUGGCCGGAGCAAUGUUAUUCGAGAGGUCACGCGUAUCCUCGUCGAACAGAGACGAAGACGUCCGCAUGACCGACAAAAUGGUUAGCACAGGUGAGGUACCCGAAGAUGACGAAGAAAACAUAAGGGCUAAAGAACAAGGAAUUUUGAAUCUUGGUGAAAAAUACAAGAAAGAAGGAAAGGCUAAAGAGUUGGCAGAACUGAUCAAAGCAACGAGGCCUUUUCUAAGCCUUAUUAGUAAGGCCAAAGCUGCGAAACUGGUCCGCUCUUUAGUAGAUUUUUUCUUGGAUUUAGAAGCAGGUAUUGGUAUUGAAGUGCAGCUAUGUAAAGAAUGUAUAGAAUGGGCAAAGGAGGAACGCAGAACCUUUCUACGACAGUCCUUGGAGGCGCGACUAAUCGCGCUGUAUUUUGAUACUGGUAUGUACACAGACGCUUUGGAUUUAGCCACUGCAUUGUUGAAAGAGCUUAAGAAGUUAGAUGACAAGAAUUUGCUUCUCGAAGUACUACUUUUUGAGAGUAAGACGUUCCAUGCACUAAGUAACUUGCCUAAAGCUCGAGCUUCUUUGACGUCGGCACGAACAACGGCCAAUGCUAUCUAUUGCCCGCCAAAAAUGCAGGCAGCAUUAGAUCUUCAAUCAGGUAUCCUACAUGCUGCUGAUGAGCGCGAUUUCAAAACAGCAUAUUCUUAUUUUUAUGAGGCAUUUGAAGGUUAUGAUGGAGCUGAUAGCCCCAAGGCCCUUACAGCACUGAAAUAUAUGUUGUUGUCAAAGAUUAUGCUGAAUCAAGCUGAUGAAGUUGGUACUGUAAGUAGUAGCAAAGCUGCUCUCAAAUAUGCAGGAAAGGAAAUUGAAGCAAUGCGUGCAGUUGCUACUGCUUCUUUCAAGAGAUCACUUGCUGACUUCCAGGCUGCCUUAAAGACUUACAAACCGGAGUUAGAAGAAGAUGCUGUUGUCCGUGCACACCUUGGAGCCCUUUAUGAUACCAUGUUGGAACAAAAUCUUUGUCGUAUCGUGGAGCCUUACAUGCGUGUCCAAGUUGAUCAUGUUGCACGUUGUAUCCGCUUACCCAUAGUACAAGUAGAGAAAAAAUUGUCUCAAAUGAUCCUUGAUAAAAAGCUUAAUGGAAUUUUAGACCAAGGAGAGGGUGUUCUGAUUGUGUUUGAUGAAUUCCCCCUGGAGAAAACAUAUGAAACAGUCUUGGAAACCAUUCAUCACAUGAGCAAAGUUGUGGACACACUAUAUCAAAAAGCAAAAAAGUUAUCAUAG